UUGUAAUUAUCUGCAAAGGUUAUUAAUGUACCUGACAAACCUCACUUCAUUUCAAAGGAAUGGGGAAACAAGGGCACUAUUUCCACAAUUUGAUACAGUGCCAGAGGCUUUACUCAUUGGCGUUUUCUCUCACUGGUUCCACAGGUUCUGAAAGCAGUAUUCCUUUUUCCAACAAUUGAACGCAUGGCCGAGUCACCACAAGGCAAACUUUUGACACCAAUACUUUGCAAACUUCGCUUCCUGAUGUAUGUUCCAAUCUACUUCCUUUCUUUUCUGCCAGAAAGCGUCAAGGCCUUGUUGGUGAGGUGGGCACUGCAGGGUCUACAGUCCCUGGAUGAAAUUAGUGUCUCUGCCUCUCUUAACCUCUUCAAUGUGGAUUGCGCAGCUAAUGCCAUGUACAUGGGAAGCCAGGAAAUGAUGCAGGUUGUACAGAGGGAUGAUCUCACUAUAAGACGGUAUUUGGACAAGCUUAUCUUUUACUAUGGAUAUAAUGAUCACUGGUGUCCAAUCACAUAUUAUGAAGAUAUGAAGAAAAGCUUUCCUGAAGGAACCAUUCAUCUCUGCCAAAAAGGAAUUCGUCAUGCCUUCGUUUUGGAUGCAAAUUUAGAGAUGGCUGAAAUGCUUACAGACUGGUUAUGUAUGGAUCUAGCAAAGUUGUUAUAAAGCCUUUAUUAUGUUUAUAAUGUAAAAUUUAACAGCUUUUUGAAUUUGAAUUAUAUGUUGCAUUAACAUACUCUUGUACAUCUGUUAUGUUUUUGAAACUGAGCAGUGGUUAGCUUAUUUAAACAAAAACAAACUACAUUUUAGACAUAUCUUGCAGGUGGGACUGGAAAAAUAAUUCACUGUAAUGACUGUUUGGUUACAAAAGCUUUGAAAAUAUUUGUGAUUGCGCUAUAAUCUUUGUAUCCAUGUCCAGACCCAAUCUGAGUAAGCUUAUUUCAUAUCAGGAUCGUUCUUGUGGGCUAACAUUUGUUAGCAUUCACAGUCCACUUUUAGUUCAUUAGGUUAGUUUUAGAUUUCUGUCUAAAGAGCAGUGUAGAUUUGGUGGAAAGUAUAGAUGUAACUCUACCAAACCACAACAAGGGAAGCUGCUACAAUGUUAAAUCAUCCUGCUAUGCUUUUCAAAUUCACAUUUCUCAGGUCUCACCUGACCAGGAACUUGUCAAGACCUAGUCAGCCAGUAAGAUACUUCCAAAAAUAGGUUGUUACAGGUACUGACAUACGUGUAAAAUAAAUUACAAAAUAAAGUGCUGCAGCGAUGAUAUUGAAAAGGACUUUUUUCCGUCUGGAACAGCUACGCUAUGAAUAAUGCCCAGUGGAACAUAGCUUUUGUCUUUGAUUAUUAACUCUGUUUAUUAAACGUCAAACUGUAGAAAUUCA